UGGUAACGUUCGUGUAGUCUACGAUCUACAGAUUAUAUUUAAACAUGGAACGUAAUAGUACGUUAUGAUUUGUUGAAAAUGAAAUGAGUGCUGAGUGAUGUUAAUAUAGGUUGAUUCUUAAUUUACCUCACCAUGGAUGAAAUCAAAGGGCGUUGCAACAUCUUGACACUCCCAGAAGAGAUCAUCAUAUACCACAUCAUUCCAUUGCUCCAAAUGCCUGAUAUCUGUGCUGUGAGAGGUGUGUGCAAGGAGUGGUUCGAUCUAGUCAACAUUCACUUUGCUCAACUCAAGGUACUGGAUCUGACACCGUGGGACUUUCUUGUAACCCCUGAAUUCCUCCAGUGUGUAUUGUCUCAUGCAUCGGGGUUGAGGGAAUUGAGGUUGGAUAGGUGCUGGAAAGCAGUCAUCCGUGAAACAAUGGAUGUAGCAGCAGAGACGUGCAGAGAAGUAAGAUAUGCCUCGUUCUCGAAGUGUGGAGGGUUAAAGGAAGAAUCUGUCAUCAAGAUGGCCGAAUCUUGGCAGCAUCUGGAAGAGUUGGACUUGAGUAGCUGUUAUCAAAUAAUGGAUAGAACACUUUGUGGCCUUGCUGAUAAUGCCUGUUCUUUAAAAGAACUGUGCGUAGGGAGUGUGUAUGGAGUAACAGACGUUGGUGUUAGUCAUCUUGCAUACAAGUGCCCUACAUUAGAACUACUAGAUGUCAGUUAUUGUCAUCGGGUCAGUAAUGCUGGACUCCAGCCAUUUGUUACGCAGACCAAAGAGAAAGAAACAUCGCUGAAGCAUCUCAGAAUAAAGAAUUGUCAUAAGGUCAAUGAUGUCAUGAUUGGAAAACUUCUUAGCAGUGGUAUUCAAGUCAACAAUAUGUUCUGAUGACAUUACUCUUCGGAUGGAUUCAGAAUCUUUCUCUUUUGUCAUGUGAGAUUUUAUACAUGCAGGUACAUGUGUGUGACAAUUUGAAAUGUGUGAAACAAUUCAUACUGUUUGUGCAAUUGAUGUGAGUUAGUUUUUAUCUUUUUACAAUGGACAAGGACUAAAUGGUAGAUUUUAACCUACAUCAUUUGCAGUGAAAAAGUCAGGAUAUUUUUACUAAUUUAGCAAAUCACUACAAGCCCUCCCCCCCCCUGAUUUAAAACACAUUUUGCAUACCGUCCACAACAUAGAAUACUGCAUGGCCCUUUAAUUGUGUAAUUUUUUGGAAUUGUGCCCCCCCCCUCACCCCAACAUGCACACUUUACAAAAACUCCUAGAUCUGCUCAUGGUUUAUAUGUCCCAAAGCCUUUAAAUAUGGAAUAUGGUAAAGAAUUUCAUAUUUCUAGAGAUGUUUUUAUACUCAUUCUACUGAUCAGAGUACC